UUGCCUAACGGCAUACACUUUGUAGCGGUAGAGCACGUGUCAUGGAAUUGCACGGUCGAUCGUCGAACACCGUGCAACGCGACGUUCGAGACCUUUGUACAGUAUUCACCACAUGGAACCGAGAUCAUUAAAGCUGCCCUGCAGAUCAUCAAAAACAUGGGAGACGGCAACGAGAGAAGCUACAACUUAACCGCCAGUAUCGGACAGACGUCGAGCCUGAGCGAUAGCGACCUAAUAAUGAAAUUCAAGUGUAGACCUAACGAGAAAGGUGUCGGCUUUCCGCAGCUAGACUUCGAAAUUUUGGGCGUGACCAGAGGCGCAGACCUAAUGAGGCACGCUUGCGGACUGAAGUUCAAACACCACAGGAACCACUCGAUGCACGCCACGCACGAUUCAGAUGCAAACGGAAGAUCGGUGCUCCAUUCAACGUCUGAGAUGUACAACGAAAACGAGGCUGUGUUCAGAGCUUGGCAUGUGCUGCCAUCAAACGGCAGUCGCAUCGACGACGUGGAAGCCGGCAUGAGGCUACAGCCAGAACACGUUUUGAAGGCGAUGAUCUACGUCAGGCCGGAUCUGGAACAAGAUAUGAGGGCCGCCAUCAGAGAAAGAAUAAAUAAGCUGAAGGACAUAAAGCCGAAAGAUCUUCAAGCGACAGCGAUGCUAAAGCGCGCUUACUCGACAAUGAGGAGUGACUUGAGCGCGUUACUGAAACCUAUUGGAGAAAAGUUAUACAGGGAUAUAAAGUAAGC